AACACUUUACCUUUUAUUCUAUUCUAUUUUCUUUUCUCUUCUUCCCUAGGGUUUUAACGCUAGGGUUUCAGUGUUUCACUCUCUAUUCUUCUUUUACUCUGUUUCUUUUUCUCUCUCUCGGCAUAGCCAUGGAUAGGUACCAGAAGGUGGAGAAACCAAAGCCAGAGUCUCCUAUCAACGAGAAUGAGAUCCGAAUCACGACUCAGGGCGCUAUUCGCAACUACAUCACCUACGCCACUUCGCUUCUUCAGGAAAAGCAUGCAAGAGAGAUUGUCUUAAAGGCAAUGGGACAAGCAAUCAGCAAGACAGUUGCCAUUGCAGAGAUUUUAAAGAAGAGAAUUCCCCGGCUGCACCAAGAUACUGGCAUCAGCUCAGUUAGCAUAACCGAUGUGUGGGAACCCAUUGAAGAGGGUCUUGUACCUGUGGAAAUGACUCGACAUGUUUCUAUGAUCUCAAUCACCUUAUCAGCUAGAGAAUUAAACAAAAAUUCUCCUGGGUAUCAAGCUCCUAGUAAUGUGGAACAACCAAAGCCACACACCAAUUAUCAGCAGCAACCUAUAAAACCAGCACGUGUUCCAUAUAAUGCUGUAAAUGAAGAUUCAUAUGGCCGAGGACGAGGUCGGGGUCGGGGGAGAGGAAGAGGAAGGAGUUGGGGAAGGGGUGGUUAUGGCUAUCAAGGUGGUUACGGAAAUUAUCAAGGUGGAUAUGGAUACUACCAGGGGGGUUAUGCAAAUUAUCAAGAUAAUGGGGGUUAUUCAAACCGUGGACGAGGUGGUGGGCGAGGUAGAGGUUGGGGUUAUCGUGGUACAGGUUAUGAUGGUGGCAGGGGUGGAGGUGCAGGGUAUGAGGGUGGGAGGGGCGGUGGUUAUGAAGGUGGGAGGGGCGGUGGUUAUGAAGGUGGGAGGGGUGGAGGUGCAGGUUAUGAAGGUGGGAGGGGCGGUGGUUAUGAAGGUGGGAGGGGCAGUGGUUAUGAAGGUGGCAGAAGUGGUGGGUAUGAAAGAGGCAGAGGUGGAGGAAGGGGUUAUGGACGCGGCAGGGGCCGAAUGGGUGGACGUACAAGGGGUGGUGCAAACCAGGCAUGAUUGCGAAGGGUGCUGUUGUCAUUCUUGCUAAAUGCUUGCCUUGACAGUGGGGUUAAUGUUUUAUGAAUACUGUGUUGAUAGUGUGAUGUGGCUCAUGAUCCAGCAUUAUUAGGCAGUAUUUUAUGUUUCAUUUGUCAUGAAAUUGAAAUGGGCAAGGUUUUGUUCAUCUUUAGAUUUAGUUGCAGAGCAUCUUGAUUAUGAUUGCUGUAAUUCAUUUCAACUUUUAUGGUUGCCAACACCAUAUUUUUAUCUGUAUCUGGUUUAUAUAUGGUUUUUAUUUUAAUCAAAAA